GUGGAGUGUCACUGACAAACAAACCCAGGCGUGACACACUACAGUGAUAGGAAGUGUGCCGUUUAAAAAAAAGAAAAAGAAACGCUGCAUCCAACCCGCUCCAGAAGCACGACUGUCGUGUCUGCUAGAUAGAAAAUAGGGAUCUCACCAAGGGGAAGGUGCAUGUUUGGGUCAGUGUUUGCAGAAAUCCACGGUGGUGGAGGUUUUUCGGGGAUUUGAGUGGAGUACCGCUGAUGGAGCCUGCACACUGAGGCGCUGCCCUGGCUGUCACUUCUGCCCGUGUGUGCAUUGCUUCACUCGUUUUCUGGGAUGGAAUAAACUCGCCAGGCGCAAGGAAUAUUAACUAGUCCACUUUCUUCUCUUUACAUGGUGCGUGAAGGAGAGAUGGACGGGAUUGGGAACACCAUGCAGAAGAAGGCUGCAGAGCUGGAGCGCAUGGCCGAGGUGCUCGUCACCGGGGAGCAGCUGAGGCUGCGUCUCCAUGAGGGGAAGGUGAUCAAAGAUCGGCGGCACCACCUGAGAACUUACCCAAACUGCUUUGUGGCCAAGGAGCUCAUUGAUUGGCUGCUCGAGCACAAGGAGGCCUUGGACCGAGACACGGCCAUCAAGAUCAUGCAGAAACUUCUGGACCAGAGCAUCAUUCACCACGUGUGUGACGAGCAUCGGGACUUCAAAGACAUGAAGUUGUUCUACCGCUUCCGCAAAGAUGAUGGGACGUUCCCACUGGACAAUGAAGCCAAGGUCUUCAUGAGGGGGCAGAGGAUCUAUGAGAAGCUGAUGAACACAGACAACAACCUAUUACAGACCAGGGAGGAGGAAGGCGCGACAUUUGAGCGGACAUUGGUGGCCUCCGAGUUCAUUGAUUGGCUCCUGCAGGAAGGGGAGAUGGCAACCAGGGAGGAGGCGGAGCAGCUGGGACGGAGACUUCUUGAACAUGGCAUCAUCCAGCACGUGACCAACAAGCACCACUUUGUGGACGGGGCCCUGCUCUACCAGUUCAGAAUGAACUUCCGGCGGCGGCGGCGACUGAUCGAGCUGCUUAACGAGCGCGGCCGCAGCAUCCCUGAGAGCCACGACAGCCCCUUCUGUCUCCGCAAGCAGAACUCAGACGGAGGCAACACCAGCUUCCUCUCAGUGAGUCCCACCAAAGAGAUCAAGGUGGUGGUCGGCGCUCGGCGCAGCAGCAUGAGCAGCAGCUGUGGCAGCAGCGGCUACUACAGCAGCAGUCCAACCCUCAGCAGCAGCCCCCCUGUCCUCUGUAACCCCAAGUCUGUUCUGAAGAGACAAGUGAGUCCAGAAGAACUCCAGACACCAGGAGGACCGUUUAUAAAGAAGACAUUCACUAUUGUAGGCGAUGCCGUGGGCUGGGGCUUUGUGGUGCGAGGCAACAAACCCUGUCACAUCCAGGCUGUGGACCCCAGUGGACCUGCAGCUGCUGCCGGCAUGAAGGUGUGUCAGUUCGUGGUGUCGGUCAACGGCCUGAACGUGCUCUCUCUGGACUACCGAACCGUCAGCAACCUGAUCCUAACAGGGCCCAGGACUGUUGUCAUGGAAGUGAUGGAGGAGGUAUAACAUUGAGCAGAGGAGUGAGAAAACACCCCGCAGCGGAGACAUACAGUUUGAGAAUCGGGAGUGGAAGUUUGAGCACUUCAGAAACACUGUGAUGGAGAAGUGACAGAGAAGUAUCCAAGUGGAACAAAUGGACCCAAUCAGACUCUCGUCUCUGUGCCAACGUCUUGACAGUUUUGUGUGAGUCUUGCUGAUGGGUCCCCUCAUGACAAGAGCAGUGAUUUGUUUUAAAUAAAACCAAGACAAACAGUUUUCAUUGAGUUGAGAUGAAAAAGUCAAGGCUGCUCCUGUAACUUAAGGAAGGACACUUCAUGUUGACACAUUUGGUGACCUCUCCCCUAGUUUGUUUCCAACUCUUUUCUCAAACUGAAAAUGGCCCUGCACUGCCCUCUACUGGUGGAGGGAGGGAGAGAUCCUUUUUUCAUGUUCUGGCAACUUGGAUAAAUCCAAAGGGGCUGAUUUCAGGCUUUUACUCUAGCCUGGGAACAACCAUAUGAAUAAACAGUAAAAAAAUAAAAAAUAAAAAAAAGGCUCAUGUGAGGACCCAACGGCAAAUUUAAAACUAAUCGGAAGGUAAAUUUACAUGCACUUAGAAUUUGCCUCAGUGAAUUGCCGCACAUGACAUACAUGCAGUACUAAACUGUAACAGACAUGAAGAGGCACAAUGUACAUAGUAAGUUACACAAGAUUUUCUACAGCGUACACAAUCAAACCAAACUGAAGAACUCCAGGAAUAGGUGUCUAGGUGAAGCCUCAUUACUACUCUAGCCUGGGUUUCUCCAAAGCAGUUUCAACACUGAGAACAUCUUUGAUCCAUUAUAAAUCAAUGUCUUAAAAAGUCCUGACUAACUAUAACCUUAUUUUUUCAUAAUGGGGCAUAAGACAGCCCUAGAUAAGACCUAGAUAUGUGGAUAGAAACACCAUCAAUGACACAAGAGCUCAUUAUUUCUGGAUUUUUUUUUUUAAGAGAAUAGUAACUCCUGUAAUCAAUAUUCCACGUUAUGCUGCAAUGUUUAGAUGUUCUUGGUGCUAAGUUAUCUUUGGCAAACUUAACAAUGAAAUGUUGCAAUUACCAAUUGAUUAAAAAACCCACAAGGUGUUCUUUGUACCAGAGGCAAUGCCAAACAAUUGUAAACUACUGUUGCAGUCAAGCUGUGCCAACCACAGUUGAUUUGGAAAAUGUCACAUAAUAUAUAAAGAGUAAGUAUUUAGAUGUAGCCUAAACUCUGUUGUCUUUAAAUAUAGGUAUACAUCCCCGUGCUUAUGGACAUUUGUAGCAAACCUGUAGAAAACACAGAGCAGUUGUAUGAGCACUUGAGUUGGUUAACUGAGAUUGUUCCUGAUUGACAAAAGCACUUCAUCUAGAAGAUGAUUAUAUUUGAUUUAAAGUAUGUUUAUGUAUGACCUUAGAGUUUGAAUAUAUUGAAGUCUUUGUAUACAUGUGAAUAUACAAUAUGACAUCUUUAGUUGGUAUAUUAAUAGGAAUCUACCUCCUGAGCUCAUUCAGAGUGAAUUGGCAGGAGGUUUAGAUCACUGGGUUUGUACAAUAUUAGCUUCCAUUAGAUAACAUCUCCCUCUAUAGUUGUAUGUUGUCUUUAUAUCUAAGUUAGAUAUACUAGCAUGGAAGGAUUAUAUUAAAAGAUGUAUUAUAAUAUAAAAAGAAUGGAUGGAUAGACAUUGCUCUUAGUCAGGUAAUAUGACUGUGAUCCAUAGGUGACAACAUGUAGAUCUAGUGACGAAGCACUUGUUGUAAACAAAAUCAAUAUAGCGUGGACUCAGACUUGGUCUAAUCCGGGCUAAGAUUUGAGAAAAUAAUAACUAAUAAUAAAAAAUGCACAUAGACUAAGCAGACCCCUUUAGUUCAUAGUGAAUAUUAAUUCAGGUAGUCUGUGCCAUAAAGAAGUAGAAUUAAUCUCUCAUAGUGAACCGCUUCUAAACGUCUUAUGUGGGUGAUACAACGGCCAUCUCUCGGUGUGCUUAAAUGUCGUGUUGACCGGUGAAAUGCAUGAUUCUUGAGAAUCUCUGUCAGUGUUUAUGUAGCAGUAGUUUUUUUUUCAGAUUCAGAUUCAUAUAUUUUUAAUGUCAUUCAAACAUGUUAAGAAACAUGGAAGAACAAAAAGUAUCUCCCAGGACCAGCGAGUAAUAGAUAGGUAAUAAUAACCUAAAAAAAAAAAAACAAUAUGUUAAAAUAUAUAAUAAAUAAAACAUAUAACAAAUCAUGUGUAAACUGCAACAUGUGGGAUAAAGUGCAGUAGUGAUGGAGAGUUGCAGAGGACAGUUCAUAGCCCAGAGUUCAUGAGCCUCAUAGCCUCAUUGAAGAAUACAGAGUGUUUCCUCAGCCCGAUCUCACAGGACUGACUCUGCCCCAAAAUCCAAAACAAA